ACUUCAGCACACAGAAAUUUAGAUCGUGAAAGAAAAAAGGAAAAAAAAUAGAGCAAUCGAUCUUUUUGCAGUUCUAAAAAGCAGCAAGGUUGUUUUCUUUCUAUUCGUUUUCGAAGGUUCAGAAAUCAUUUUUCAAAUGGGGCGUUGGAUGAAACCAGAGGUGUACCCACUAUUAGCGGCAAUGACAUUUGUGACGAGUAUGUGCGUGUUUCAGCUAACAAGGAACAUCUUCUUAAACCCUGAUGUUAGGGUUAACAAAGCUCACCGGAGCAUGGGGAUAUUGGAAAAUGCAGAGGAGGGAGAAAGGUAUGCCGAACAUGGCCUGAGGAAAUACGUACGAACACGGCCGCCGGAAAUCAUGCCGGCGAUCAACCACUUCUUUAGUGAGAAAGAUAACUGAUGAAGAAUCAAUGAUCCAUAUAUAUGGAUCCAGUACUUGCAUUCUAUUUUGUGUAAAAACUAUCAGGUUUAAUUUCGAGUUCAAUCUCGUUGUGACUUUUGGUCUGGUCUAUUGAACCUAUGCAUCCAAAUAACUUAAUAGAAUAUGGAAACGACCAUAAAGCUUUUGUCUUUA